GAUUUCCCCGAAUCUGCUCAUUCUUUCAUUUCAGUUUGUAACGAGUAGAACCAAAUCUGCGCGACGGAAGUUUCUUUUUGAUCAGAAAUUUAAUUUUUCUUCGCAAAAUCGUCCAUCGGUAUAUCGUGUGCUCCGCAGACUAUUAACAAGUGAAAAGGAAGAAAUUGCACAGCGAAAAGUGAAGGAAAAAUCGGGCUUGAUGUAGGUGCGAUAGCACGGUGUAGUGAAUCUGCGAAGUAAAGCAGCCAAUUGUGUGUUUUGCCGAAUUCGAGUGCGGAUCCCCGCCGUGCUGACUGGCAACAUCGGCCUAGCAAAUGGAUAUCAUUGACGUCGAGGAGGUGCUCGGAGAUGAUUCAUUCAUUUGCGACACGGAACGAUUGGAUGAUGAAGUGGUGGAAAUUUUCAAACAAUGGAAAUCAUGCAGCACAACAAUCCCGUCCGGCGCUGGUGGUGCCAUUUUACCAGCACCGGUACCACCAGCCUCCGCCAGUGGUAACAGCAGCAACAGCAGUUUCAGUUCUAGCGGCAUCAAUCACCGUCAUCUCCUUCAGCACACAGCCAACAUCAGCCCUCAUAAUGCAACCUUCAAUAGCAGCGACAGUAAAGGUUUAAAAUAUAUCGAUACACGAACAUUCACGAGACCGAAAAAGAGAUUGGACUCAACAUUCAAUGCAUCCAACACAUCAGCGGAUCUUACGCCUUCCCUGCAAGAAACCUCCAUGAAAGUGGCCUCCCCGCUUCUAAAUCUUCAAAUAGGUGGUAUGGUAACGAUGACAUCCGGAAAUAGUUCUCUCAACACCAGCCAAAUGAUGCAAAGGAGCUGGUUGAACGACGUUUCACCGCCGGGGUCCAUCAUGUCAUCGAUGGAGUUUUCUAUCAACGAUAAGAUGGGCAGUAGCCUCAUAACUAGUGGGGAUUUUACCAACGUUAGCUACCUACUGAAUGCCAACGGUGUUGAUGAAACCCAGCAGCUCAACGCGCACAGUAAUUACGGUGGCUACAAGUUGGCAGAUGUGAUAAAAGAUCGCAAGUUCUUAGAAAAUUUGUCGUGUUUCGAUGACAAUUCUAUGGCAAAAGAUCUGGCGAUAUCGAAGACAGAUUUGAAUGGCAUUGAGGAGAAUCUGUCCGGGCUUAGCACAAUGCAGAAUUCAUUGGAAAGCGUUACAAAGAGCGCGGAAGGGCGGUUAUCUGAUGUAACAAUGGUGCUAGAAAAUGGAAAGUCGGAUGCAACGUUUGAACUGGAGCCUGCCGAAGUGGCUCCAGUAGUAGUAACGAAGCUAAACGGUACAUUCGAGAGGCGGCGCAAUUUUGAUACAUAUAGGAAACCAAAAUCUAGUCUAAACAGUACGUUCGAUGCCCUACCAAAAGUUGACGCCGGUAGGCCAUUAUUGGUUGCAAACGGGACGUUUGACGCCGGUAGCGAUGAUAAAGUGUUGGAUGACUCACCUGAAACAGCUGAUGCCACUUUCUCACUCAAUCGAACAGCUAAGGUUAAUGGAGAAGAUAAACAGCUUAACCAAACCUAUGAGUACUGUGAGAAAAACUCACCAAGCGUUGCCCAAUUAAACCAAACCUUUGAAAGGCCUAAAAAUGGAACCUACGUUGAAAAUGAGACUAGUCUGAAUCAAAAUGUUGGUGCUGGUAACAGCACGCCAAAUGGAACCUUUGAAAUUCCAACGAAGGGUGAAACGAGCAGAGAUUCGAUGGGUUUGGCUCAAUCAACACCAUUUGUGCAAGUGCCUAGAGCGAAACGUAUCAGUGACAUGAGUCAGUACGAAGUUAAUGUUUCGCCUAUUGCUGCCGUUCGCGGUAGGAGGUCAGAAGGACCAAGACUUAGUCGGAAUCUAGAAAGCGAAAUUGCGAUGGAAACUGAUGAUUUCGAUGUGGAGUUCCGCAGGCUUCCGGCAACUCCGAAUUCAAAGACUGAAAAUGGUUCCCAUUUACUGGAAACCGAAAAAAGAAUAUCGCUGCAACAAUUUGAAGAAUUCGAAAAAUCUGUAAUGGAAAGCGAACAAAAUGGUGUAGAUUUUGAUGAGAUGCUCAAUUCCCUCACCGAUGUAAAACGAUCGAUGGAUAGUGUCAAAUUGCGCCAAUCGUUGGACAAUAUCAAAAAACGUCAUUCGCGUAUCAAUUCGGAGAAACAACAAGACGAACUGAGAAAACGAGGUGACAUGAAUGAUUCCUUAUCUUCCCCUAUGGACAACAAGCUGGCAGAUUCGAUGAUAAAAAGUAUGUCGUCGUCUAGUGGUAGUGAGCGAUUGUUGAACCGUAGGAGCCGUUACAACGAUGACGUUCAUCUGACUUUGUCCCCUCAACAGCAAACUCCGCAAUCGAGCAGAAUUACAGAUGCAUCUUUACAUGUAUCGGAGCUGCAAACGAACGAACCCCAUGCGACGGAAAGCGUAGAUCCUCUUCCUACACCGAACGAGGUAGGAGGUAGUGAUAGAAAGAACCGCGAUCGAUUCAAAACGAUACGUAUCAAUAAAAGACGCGAAGAAGGAAUGGUCAUUGUACCGGAUCCCGACGAGAUGGAUGACAGUCUGCCCGAAUCGUGUUCUCUUCCGUUGGAGGAAGAGAUGUUCGAUUCGCCGACAGUUACGAACAGUGCCUUUAGCCGUGUGGAUUACAAUUCUCCGAAGGAUUCGCGACUUUCUUCCACUACAAGCAAUGAACAGAAUAAGACUGAAGAGGUGGUAUUCAAGCGACCGCAGGGUAUCCCGAAACCCGAAAGCAAAGUACGAUCACUAUCGAAACCACGGUAUUAUGGUGCCGCUCCAGCAGGAAGCGGCAUUGGUUUGACUAGGAAAGAAUUGUCGCUUCCACUUGGUACGAAAUCAAGCUCCAGCGAUAAUCUGGAAAAUGAUCGGCCGAGUUAUCACCAGCAGCAGUCUCCCUCCCAGCUGCAAAGAUUAUCGCUAGGGGGUAACAGGAUAGGAGCGGUUGAAAGUGGUCGAAAAUUCGGAGCACCCAGUUCGGUCCAGUCGAAUCUGAAAUCGCCCAUGGGCACCAAAUCAAAAUCGCAUCAUAAUCUAUAUUACAACCAAAGCAAUCUUGGCGGAUCGAAUAGUAAUCUAAACCGAAUACCAACUCCGUUAGGCCUGUCCGCACAGAAACUUUCGCACAAUAAUAGCAACACUGAGCUGAAAAAUAACAAUUCCAAGUUGCAGUUGCACCUGCGACCACCACGUGCCAGCUCGCUGGUACGGCCCGGCACAACUCUACCAGCGCCGUUGAAAAAUUCUGCGCCCGAAAUCAAUACCCGGAGCAGAGAACUGACCCCAAGCAGUAUUACCACUACGAGUUCUUCUAAUCUAUCCGGCGUGCAGAUGCGGGCACCGAAAGCGGGUUCGCGGCUUGGGCUAGUACGACCGUCAUCCGGUUACUUUAGCUACAGCUCACAGAAGAAACCAUUAGAUUCAGACACCGAAUCAAUCAACAGUUUAUCAUCGUCAUCAGCUAGCUCUAGAGGAAGCUUGUAUCGUGUAGAUAGUCAAAUUAUUGCUAAUAAUGUUCAAAAUUCCGCGACCCAUAGUAUUGAAGACAUCAGCGGCAGUGUGAAUAACGUUGGGAGCCUAGGGUUAAGGCCCAGUCAACCGGUAGAAACAAAUCGAACGGCAGCGAACCUUCCGGCCAAGAAUAGUAUAGCGACAUCCGGUUUAAGCGGCGCCAAACCAUCAGGCUUGAGGCCUCCUUCGAAUCUGCGGCCGCCAACCGCGCGCAGCGGGCUCCCCCGACCGACCAGCUACGUGAGGCGAUAGGUGGCGCUAGUUGUAAGUCAGUUUUGUAAAAAUUUUAACCUGUCAGUUCAUUUAGUAUCAGCGUGCUCUGAACCAAAUGUAAUUUCUAUCGAUGAGUGUCCCUUUCGAAGGAUAAUUUCGAACAGGAUUUAUGGUCUUCGUAGCGAAACGUUUAUUAUUAUUAAUAUUAUUACUAUUUUAAUUGGUGUAGAAAGGUGAAAAUGCUAUAUCAAAAUUAUGUUACUGCAGUUGUCGUCAUUGGUACAAAUGAAGCACUUCGAAUUGUUUCGACCAUCACAAUAUGACAACUGAAUAAAAUCCUUUUGUCAUCGUGAAUGGGUGUUUCUGCAGUUUCACUGUCAGAGUAUUUUGCAUUUGCCGUUGUUAUACGUUUUGUACAAUCGAGUUUAUUUUAUAAGUUUAGUAUUUCAAAUAUACUUUCAGCUUUUUCGCAUUUUUAACAUGAAUCUAUAUCUUUGGGCCAUAAACAUUAAUCAUGAUUUUAUUUCUAAUAUGGUUUGAAUUUACUGUAUUCAUAUAUACAUAAUAAUUGGAAUUAUACAUAACAGAGUACGGCGCCUUUAGUUUUCUAUUAAUUUUGGUCUAUACUGCCAACGCACACAUACUAGUCCCAUAAAUAUCAUUGGGUGCUGCCUAUUGAUAACUAUGUUACUAUUAAAAUAUUAAAAAGUUUAAAUCCUAAUUUUAGAGACUUUUGAUCUGCCACUAUUUGCAUAACAGUCCCAUUUUGUUGGAGAAACAAUCAUAAUAUUGGACAAUUUUCUGUGGAUUGUUCUGCAUAUUUUACUUAGCAAAUCAACAAAUUUUUCGAAGCUUAAGAAUUGCAAAAAAUCAUAUGGGACCGUACACUAAUUACGUAGGGGAUGAUCUGACGAUAAGGAGUUUGCCAUUUUCUUACGUCCCAUACAGAAAAAAAUAUGUUUGAACAAAAUGAGGGGGGGUUGAAAUCCCGGAAAAACCUCUUACGUAAUUAAUGUUGGAACAUCUAUGCUAGAGCGGGCAGUUUAUCUCUUUUUAUCAUUUUGCAAUGUAAUGUUUAUUAACAUUCUUCAUUUUAUGUGAAACCUCGUUUUGGUAUUUUUAUUACUAUCGUACAAAAUGAUGUCGAAGAAUGUCAACCAUUCCUACAGUUGUUUUCGAAAUAAAAUGAAAAAAUACGUACCUAUUUACCGUGUUUAGUGGAAUGUGUUUUAACUUUUGAGCGACAAGUUUACAAAUAUCUAUAUAAUUUUAUCUCGAGUCGAUCAUUUACGACGACCGUAUAGUUCUUGUCGAAAAACGUGUAUCUAAGCAAAUAAAGAGGUUCUAAUCAGUAUAUCACAAAUAUGUCUUGUCAAGCACGUUCAAAAGUUUCAAAACACACUUUUUUACGACUUUAUCAAAUGAUAUUUUUACCUGAAAAACUGAAUAAUGAUUGUAAGUGUUGUAACUGUUGAAAUAUCUAAGUGAAAUUUUAUACGGAACAAGAUUUUACAAAAUUUUAAACGUUUCGACUCAUUCUCGUACGAUAGUAAGUAAGAAAACCGCUCUACUAACAUUUACUCCUAUAAUCAAGCUAGAGCAGUUUCCUCUGCAUAAUUUUACGCCAAACCAAGAUAUACGUUAAAGUCGCUGCCGUUCACAAUCGUUACACAAAUUUACGUUUACAAACUACUACGGACUGUACACCGUGAACAACCAUUUUGAUAUUCUAUACGAUAAAAAAAGUAUCCGUUAACACAAUUGUGAGGUCGUUAAAUAUUCCUGACAAUGCAUUUCUAACUACCCAAUUUGUCGUCGAAUUCUAUGUUGAAUCGUUGUGAAUCGAUCGUCUUAUCCUUGUGAUAUAAUCAGCGAGCUCUCCUUCUUUUACAACUAUGCCGUUAAUUACAAUUCAGAGCUGUUAAGUUAGAAUAAGUUAUAAGAAACGAAAUCAAACAUACGCGUUACUAGUUUUCGUUCGAUCAUUGGAACUUUUUUUUACACAAAAUGGCGCUAUCGUGUUGGUGCAGAAUAAGAAUGCAAUCGAUGAGGAAUUGGUACAAUAAAAGACUAAAAUUACACGCAAACCAAGAUGUUGCAGAAAAAGAGAUACAAGCGAAACAUUGACAUUACAACAUUUAACGAAUAAUAGUGAUACUGAAUUACCUAUGAAUAAAACAAAAAAUGAUCUAUGAGCGAAUUAACUGGCUUUACUCCACACAACACGCGGAUGUUGAUCGCAGUCAGUAAGAAUAGAACCGCUUAUUAAGCUAUUCGUAAAUACAUAAACAAAAUAGUGAACUUAUAGCAUAAGUACCAGCUAUCGUUGGAUCACUAUCAUGUUCGAUGUAUAAAUAUAUAUCUUGUACAAGAAGUAUAUAUUUAUAGACUAGA